AUGAACACACACGCACGACAAGGAGACGUACAAGGCGCGACUUGCCUCUUCGAGGGAUUGCAAAGAUCAGCUCUUCAGCCAGAUGUCGUCAGCUACAAUUGCCUUCUCAAUGCUUGUGCCAAAGCCUCGGAUGCAGCCAGCGCAGAAGCGUGGAUGCAGAAGCUGGAGGGAAGCCCCCUCGAUGCAACGGAGGUGAGUCACGGAAGCUUGCUGGAUGCCUGGGCACGCCAGGGCGAUCUCGCAGCGGCACAGCGCAGUUUUACGAGGAUGCAGAGCCAAAGGCUGUCACCUGGCCUGCGAUGCUUCACCAGCCUCAUCAACGCCGCCGCCGAGGCGGGCGACCUCUCUGCAGCAGAGUGCUACAUGGAGCAGCUGGAAUCGGAUGGCCACACAGCGGAUGACCGCAGCUAUGGGGCGAUGCUGAAGGCAGCAGCGGCUGCUGGGUCUCCGCGCAGUGCGGAGAAAUGGUUUUCGAGAAUGAGGACCAGCAGGGUUCCCAUCAACAUUGUGGCUUUCAGCAGCCUGCUCAAUGCCUUCGCUGAAGCGGGAGAUCCUGCGGGUGCUGAGCUCUGGUUCGACGAGGGCCUGGCGCUGCAUCUUCAUCCAGAUGCUGUUUGCUAUGGCGCGGUUCUGAAGGCGUGGGCAAAGAAAGCAGAUCUAGAUGGCACGGAGCGCUGGAUGAACAGAGCGAUUGCGUCGGGGCAGCGAUUGAAUUCUCAGAUUUUCAACAUCGUUCUGCACUCGUGUGCUCAAGCUGGAGAGGCGGACAAGGCCGAUGGAUGGUUGCAGCAGAUGAAGCAGCGAGGGCUCGCCUGCGAUGCGGUGACUCUUAGCAGCUUGGCAACCGCCAAUGCCAAGCAGGGUCGGUUCAUGGGUGCCGAGGAGUGCCUUCAGGAAAUGGGCGAGCAGCGGCUCACACCGAGCCUGGUGGUUUUGAACAGUGUGAUAAGUGCAUGCUCUGAAGCGGGCGAGCUGCAGCGGGCGGAGGAAUGGUUAGAGCGGGCGACAGACAUGAAUCUGCAGCCGGAUGUGAUGAGCUACAACGGAGUCAUCAACGCUUGUGCGCGGUGUGGGUGUGCCUCACGAGCGGAGUCCUGGCUACAGGAAAUGGAUGGUCGGAGCAUUCAGGCGGACGUCGUCACCUUCAACAGCCUCAUCAAUGCAUGCGCAGAAGCCGGGCAAGCGGAGCAGGCUGGGCGCCUUUUCAUGGCGAUGCGUUCGCGCGGCUUUGAGCCCACGCUCGUAUCGACCGGCAGUUUGCUGAAGGCCUUCGCGAGAAACGGGGAUGCUGACCUUGCGGAUCAAUGGCUGCAAGAGAUGUCCGAGGAUGGCUUGCCGAUACCGGAGGAGCUCCAGCCUCGGAUCAAGUCGGACUCACCAGCCAGGACCGGCAGCCCAUUGCGGAAGGCCCUCUACCGCUUCCGUGGUCACGGGGAGGCUCGGCUGGUGGAGCAGCUGCAGCGAUCGCUGGAGGCACAGUGGCUCUACGGUUAUCCGAGGGCUUCCCCGGACUCACCUCAGCUGACACACGGCACCUAUCAGUAUUUGUCCGGGAUGCAGCCGAAGACAGUGCGCGGCAUGCUUGACGUCGUCCCAGAUGCCAAGUUGAUCUUAGAUCCGUUCUGUGGCUCAGGUGCUGUCCUGAUCGAAGCCCUGGCCGCCGGGAAGGAAGCAAUUGGAUGUGAUGCGAACCCGCUGGCCAUCUUCGUGACCUACCAUCACUGUGACCUCGGCCAGCCAGAUCUGCAUCAGGUGGAGGUCUUGGCACGUGAAGUUGCUGAUGGGCCUUGUGGGCCGUGCGAUUGGCAGCAGCUGCAGCAGCGAAUUGAGCUCCUACCGCCCUCUGCAGAGAGGGAUGCGCUCUUCUUUGCCUACGCAGUAGGCUUCAACAUCUCCUCAGCCAAGGAAUCAGAGGCAUCCGGUGAACGUGUACGAGCCUACUUCAUGUCCACAGCUCGACGCUACUGCGCAAGGGUGGAGUCUUUGCGAGCGUCCAUGGAGGGGCCGCCCAAAGCGACGCUCUUCAACGGUGACAUGCGGGAACUGGCUUUGGCGACGCCCGCAGACGCUAUCCUGACUUCGCCGCCCUACCCUGGGGUUUACAACUUCCUGCCGCAAAAUCAGAGCGGGACCAACCCCGCAGAGGCCGCUGCUCUGCAUGGCGUGGCUCUGAAUGCAGCUGUGCGGGGUUACGACGCUGCCUUCCAGCCUUCGGCGCCGGAGAUUGGUGCGCGGUGCACGUGGGCGAGCGACAGCAUGACCGCAUUCUCCGAAACGUGGCAGCGGCAGCAGGAGCAGUGGCUGCGGUCGGCUCGGGGAUGCCUGAAGCCAGGCGGAACUGCGACCUUGAUGAUCGGCGACGGCGAUUCCUCUGUGGAAAAUGGUUUCGACAACUUGGCUUCGACCUUGGCUGCUGCGGAGGCCGUUGGCUUUGAGGCCAUGGGCUGGGCAACCAUCGAACCCGUUGCGGACGAAGCGCACAGGUACACCUGCCUGUCCUACAUCCGUUCACGCCACGUGACAGAGGAGUCGGAAGUCUAUUCCUUUGGCAUCGUGCUGCUGGAGCUCUUGAUCAACCGACCGCCGGCACUGGCAUCGGCUCACGGGGACAUGGUCUUCCCCAUCCUCGAAGCUGUCCAGCCUUAUGUGGGCGGGGCUCAUGGACGGCUGAUGCAGUGCCUGGAUCCGUCGGCGGUUUGGCCCCGGCAAGUGGCUGAGGAGUUCGGUGAUCUAGCACUGGGUUGUCUCGACCCCGUUACAGCCCGGCGGCCGGGUUUCAAUAGUGUAGUCAAGUCCCUGGCCCGACUGGCGACGCUGCGCCCCCGCGGGUCGUUCGCUGUGCAGGUGGAAGAGGGCUCCCUCGAGAAAGGCGGAAGCAGCCCGUCCGAUGGUUCCGCAUCGCCGGAAGGCAAGACGACUGUCGGAUUUGGUUGGUCUUCUUGGUGGCACUGA